GAUCUGUUUCAAAGAGAUAAACAUGGAAAUACUGCUUUACAUAUAUGUACCAUGUUGGGGCAUCGAGAAUCUAUUGCUCUUCUCCUUUCUCAUGAUGCGCCGGUUAAAGUGAAGAAUCGUGAAGGUUGGAAUAGUCUAAUGGAAGCUGUAAGUUACGGUGAUCGUCAGAUCAUAACAGCGAUGCUUAGAAAAUUGAAGGUUCAGUCACGUGAAAAUAUGACUACAAAAAAACCACAUUUAGAAAAAGUUCUCAAGGAAUCUAAGGAUUUUUACUUGGAAGUAAAGUGGGACUUUCACAGUUGGAUUCCACUUCUUUCGAAAAUUUUGCCAUCAGAUCUAUGCAAAAUUUAUAAGCGUGGAACUUGCCUGAGGUUAGAUACGACAUUAGCUGAUUUCAAUGAACGUACGUGGGAACGCGGCGAUAUUUCAUUCAUCUACGAUGCAUCUGCUGAUAAAUCAAAAUUUUUUGUUUUGGAUCACGACACCAAGAUAUUCCAGCGAAUCAGGCAUGAAGAAACAGAGGCCGAACUUGAUGAAGAAAUCGAUGUAUUGAUGUCAUCAGAUAUUGUCAGCGUUCAGAUGUCCACGAAACCGAUACAUUUUGUACGAACAAUAUCCGGCUGGUUUUUUAAGCAUGAAAAAUCUGAUUUAAUCGGCUUGUACAAUGCAAAUUAUUAUACUGUGGAAGGGAUGCAGCUAAUAACGAGAAAAAGAAGAGAACACUUAACGGCUGAAGAUAUCAAAAAGAACAAAUCAUUCAUGCAAAAUUUAGCCGCUGGUGGGUUGAUGAGUGAAGAUGAAUUUAAGAGCUUACAACAUCGUAAAAGUCUGCCUCCACCAGGAAGAAUGCCAACAACUUGGGAAGAAUAUAUUGGAGCUGCACCUGGUAUUGCACCGCCGUUGGGCCGUGCUCAAGUUGUCAAGGAAAACGCCAAAAGUUUCAAAGCCCUGGUAGCUAUGAGCGAAGAGUUCCCUCUAACAGUCGAUGUAUUGCUGGAUAUUUUAGAAAUUGUCGCUCCAUUUAAACAUUUAGAAAAACUACGGCGUUUUUGUGAAGUUCGCCUGCCUCCUGGCUUUCCAGUUAGAGUUGAAAUCCCUAUUCUACCUGCAAUAUCGGCUAAUAUAACUUUCCAAAAGUUGGUGUUUCGCAAUGAUAUUUCACUAAAAAUGUUCAAAAUUCCUCGGUCUUAUCGAGAGGAUGCCAAUCGCUUUCCAGAUUUAUGA